CAGAGAACGAGUGAUAGAGGAAGAGAGAAGAGAUGGCAGGACAGCAAACAAUGAUGAUAGUCUUGAUUGGCAUCUCACUCUGGGCCAUUUGUUCAGCAGCUCCAACAGAAUGCCACUUCAACUCGCAAGCUUUGUGUGAAUACGAGGGGAGGCACUACUCUAUGGGAGAGACGUGGAUGGAGGGCUGUCUGCAGUGCACCUGUCUGCACCCUGUCGGGGUGGGAUGCUGUGAAACCGUGCACCCACCUGUGGACUUUCCGCCAUGGUGCCAGGUGCGUGUUGAAUCUCCAACCUGCAAGGUGACCCUGGUUUUGGCCUCUGACCCGCGGCUGCCCUGCAUUCCCGGAGAGGGGAACAGCGUGGACCCCAGCCACGGAGCCAUGAACAUGAAGCUAGCAGGGUAACAAGGCAGCAGAACCAUCACUACAAUCAACUAAACAGAACGUCUGGGUGUCUGAGCUGGCGGCCUGCCUCACCUCUAGCGUCUAUAAUAAUGCUGCAUUAACACUUAUUUGCGUUUUAUCACUUUGAAAGUUAGCGACAGUUGUUUGCUCAUGUGUGUGUGUGUUUUGUGAAGCGCUCAUUAGCGCCCCCUGUACUGCUUUUCUAUCUCUCCUGGCUGUGUAGGUUCUCUCCAGCAGCGAUUAGAAACGGCGCAGGGAACAAAAACAAUGUUUUACACAGAAUGUAAUAGGAAACAGAACCCAAAUGGAGUGAAAAGCUAAUGUGGUAACAGGUAAUUAAAGUUAUUAUUUGUACAUGCAAUAAGAUAAGAAAUACAACAUUGCAGGUUCAUUCUCAGCUGAAAGUAGGGAAGUCCAGACAGGCCAUGAGCUAGUUAUGUUUUGCUGGACUGUUAUCUUGAAAUAACAAAAAAACCCAAAAACAAACAAACAAACAAAAAAAUCAGCUGGUUAAACUGGUUAACAUAAAACACCAUCUUAGCUUGUUUACCAGCAUGUUUUCUUUUGAUAGUUUAACUUGUGUACCACUAUGAUCAGCUUGACCAAUCUGGUCGACUAACAUGACCAGUUUCACUAAGCUGGCCUACCAGCUUUACCAGCAUCAAUCAUGUUUUUGCCUCCUCCAGUUGGUCAACCACCAUAUUGGAGCAGAAAGAAUCCAGCUGAUAACCUUGAAACACCAGCUUGGAACAUCUGAAACCAGCUACCAACAAAAGCAGGUCUUAGCAUAACCUUUAACACAGGUAACAAAAAUAACAUAAUUAACUGGCUACUUUAAAAUAAGGUUUUCACCCAGAACAAUUGAACCUGUUUUCCAGUUACAUCCUAUGAAAAAAAUAUUGUUCAUUUUCAUGCCAUAUUAACUGCUCCUAAUCCCUGUACGCCAGAGCAUAUCCAUCAAGUAAAAUAAAGAUCACCCAAACACUUAUUAUAUAAAGAUAAUAUCAAAAGCAAAUCUUUAAAAAAAUCAGCAUGUAUACCCUGUAAACUCUACUUAAAGAAUAUUUGCUUUCCAGGAAUUGGAUCCUUUAUUACAUUGUUCUUAACAAACUGAGUUCAUAUUUUAUCAACAUAUACAGCUUAGAUGUAGCUUUCAUAUAUCACCUCAUGCACUAUUGUAAAUAAGCAGCUUGGCACUUGUCAUAUGUGUAUUUGUUUCUUGUGUACUUUACCACAUUUAUCUGAAUAAAACAUGGGAAAAUGA